AUUAUAAAAAUAUUUAUUUGUGGAAUUUUAUUAUUUAAGUUUAGUUUUUUAAUAAUAUUAUUUAGAUUAUAUUAUUUAUAUUUAAAUAAAUUUAUAAUUUUUGAAUGAAAUAUCUUUAGAUUUAAUUCAAUAAAAUUUAAUUUUUUACUUUUAAUUGAUUAUAAAUCUUUAAUGUUUGUUUUUUUAGUUAGAAUAAUUUUUUCAAUAAUUAUUAUUUACAGAAUUAGAUAUAUAGAUUUAAGAGAUUUAAAAAUAAAUCGAUUUUUUUAUUUAAUAAUUCUAUUUUUAAUUUCAAUAUAUAUAUUAAUUUUAAGACCAAAUAUAUUAUCAAUUAUUUUAGGAUGAGAUGGUUUAGGAUUAAUUUCUUAUUGUUUAGUUAUUUAUUAUAUAAAAAUAAAAGCUUUUACUUCAGGAAUAGUUACUAUUCUUUUAAAUCGAUUAGGUGAUAUUGGAUUAUUAAUAAUUAUAGGUUUAAUAACAUUUUAUGGAAGAUGAAAUUUAAUAUUAUAUAAUAUAAAUGAAUUUUUAAUGAUUUUUUUACUAUUAAUAGCUUUUACAAAAAGUGCACAAAUUCCAUUUUCAACAUGAUUACCAAUAGCAAUAAUGGCUCCAACACCUGUUUCUUCAUUAGUUCAUUCUUCAUCUACAUUAGUUACAGCAGGAAUUUAUUUAUUAAUUCGAUAUGUUGAUUUAUUAGAAUUUAAUUUUAAAUGUUUUAUUAUAUUAAUUUCAAGUUUAACUAUAUUAUUUGCUGGUUUAGUAGCUAAUUUUGAAUUAGAUAUAAAAAAGAUUGUAGCUUAUUCAACUUUAAGUCAAUUAGGAUUUAUAAUAAGAAUAUUAUCAAUUGGUUCAACUGAGUUAGUUUUUUUACAUUUAUUUAUUCAUGCUAUAUUUAAAUCAUUAAUAUUUAUAUGUGUAGGAAGAUAUAUGCAUUAUAUAAAUAGAAAUCAAGAUAUUCGAAUUUAUUAUGGUAUAUAUUAUAUUUAUCCUUUAAAAAGAAUAAUUUUAAUUUUUUCAAUUUUAAGAUUAUGUGGAUUUCCAUUUUUAGUUGGAUAUUAUUCUAAAGAUUUAAUUAUUGAAUAUUUUUUUAUUAAUAAAAUAGUUUAUUUUUCAGUAGUAAAUUUAAUUGUUGGAACUAUUUUUACAGUUUCAUAUUCAUUUCGAAUAAUUUUAGUUUUAACAAGAAAAUAUUUAAUAAUAAAUGUUAUUUAUUUAAAAGAAGAUAAAAUUAUAGCAAUUUCUAUAUCAAUAAUAAUAUUAUUAAGAUUAUUUUAUAGUAAAUUAAUUUUUAAUUCAAUAAAUUUUAAUUUGGUAAGAAUUAAUAUAUUAUUAGUUUAUAAAUUAUUAGUAUUUAAAAUAAUAAUUUUAGGAAUAAUUAUAGGAUUUAAUUUUUAUAAAUUUAUUUUAUUUGAAAAUAAGAUUGGUUUAUUUUUAAUAUCAUUUUUAUUUAUAAAUAUAAUUUAUAAAUUUAUUUAUAAAAAAGUUAUUACAAUAAUAUUUGAUUAUGAGUUAUAUAUUGAAAAGUCAAUUGUUGAAAUAUUAUCAAGUAAAUUUACAUUAUUAACAUUAGGAAUUCAUAGAUUAAAGAUUCCAAGAUUAAGAAUUAGUGUAUUUUUUACUUUUAGAGUUUAUACAAUUUAUUUAUUAGUUUUUAUAUUAAGAUUAAAAUAA